GGGGUGGGCGGGGCGAGGAGGGUCAUCCCAAGACCUAGAGGAGUUACUCAUAGGUCAUCCAAGUGUUCCAGCUUCUCCGUAAAGUGGUUCUCACAAUGACCCAAAGGAGAGAAGUAUUCCUUCUUUAAGAGAAGAAAAAGAAGAAGAAGAAAAAAAACACCUGAGGCACUUUCGUACAUUAAUUACUGGAAGUCACACUGCUUGUAGGAGAGAGCUGAGAUUGGAACCCGGGCCUUCUCUAUCCACUAAAGGACUGAAAUUCUGUGGUACUCACCCCUACACAAUUCUGGCGAUUUCACGUUUGAGGAUGCACCAUUCAGCCAAUACUCAGGGUGUAGGAACAAGGCGAUCACCAAGAAAUCCAGACUUAAAGUGACUGCUUUGUUCCCUUGGGGUUUUUGACGGUCCAAGUGGAGGCUUGAGAGGCCUCUCUUGCCAUCAAUCAUGACAUCAUCAGAGGGUCUGCUCACCCAGCUUACACAAUUCUGGAACCUUCUUGAUGAUCUUGCUGAAAGUGAUCCUGAGCGCUAUAAUAAAUUCAUCCAACAGGAGCUGCGGGAGGGGCAGCGGCUGUGUGCUGGACCAGAACCAAAGCUCUGUCUACAAACCAGGAUUCUGAAACCAAAAGAAAAAUUACUUUUUAUCAAUCUAUGUCAGUGGGAAAGGAUCCCAGCUCCCCAGUCAACCACUCAUCCAGUACCACUACGUCUUGGCCGACCAGAAGAUGUCUCUGAAACAUCAGAUGCUUAUACAGUCAUCGAUGUUGCCUACAAUCCUGAUGUUCUCCAGGCAGCAGAAAAGGACCAAGUGAAAAAAGAUGAGUUCAUAAGGAUGGCCAUGAAAUGCAUUGAGGAGCAAUUCCAGUUCACACUCUCACAUUCUUACCAUGUUACCAAAUUUACAAUAAAAGGAAGCAUUCAAAGAAUGAAACAAAGUUUGAUGGGAAUCCAAACUGAUUCCACAAAUUUAAAAGACAAAAAGAGAAUGGAACUCACUCUUGAACAGCUAAGAAGCAGUACUGCGGGCAAUCCAGAUCACUUUCCUCAACUUUUACUGCCAAAAACACAAGUUUCAGGCAAAGCAGGAUGUCUGAUAGAAGAGAUUUCUAGUACUGAAAUCCAGGAGGCAAUGAAGAUACCAGCCUAUGAUUUAAAAAUCGUGAAGGAUCAGAAUGAGAAGCCUCUGAAAAUAGAAUUGAAAGUUGAAUUACCGGGUAUUAACUCAGUCUCUGUCUGUGACCUUAGUGUUUCUGAGGAUGAUUUGUUGAUUGAGGUCUCCGAGAAGUACAAAUUACAUCUGAAUCUUCCAGAAGCUAUUGAUACUGACAUGACUACAGCAAAGUUUAUCAAAGAGCAAUCUACAUUAAUCAUCACAAUGCCACUGGUAUAAAACAAAAGCAUCAUGUUUUGAGUGUUCUCUACUAACCAUGUGAAUUAGAGGAACUUUAUUAUGGGCAGAGGUAGUGGUUUAUCUUAAAUACUAUUUUCUAAGCAUUCCUUUAAAUGGAAUGAAAUUUUCUCUUCAGCUGUUACAUCUAUUUUUUAACUCACUUUUUCUUAAAUAAACUUGGCAUCAACCACAAAUGAUUAAAAACAA